AGAGUUCAAACGUGCGACGGGCGCUCGGGACAUUAGACGAUCGAGGAGAGAACAAUCGCGUGGGUAGAGGCGGUACCGGGCGAGUGCAGUGUGCAGUGCGUGCGGGUCGUGUCGCGGAAAGCUCGGCCGAGAAGCCUCCGAGAGCGCGGCAUCGCGCGCUCGCCUCGCGCUCGUCGCGUCAGUGCCGGCCCGGCCGCGCCGAACGCACAACGUUUACACAACUCGACAGCCCGACAGCCCGACAGCUCGACUCCUGCCACGGACAGUGUAGCGCGCAUCGCAACCAGAAUUGCCGUUUGCCGCCACCAUCAGCGCGGAGUUGUUUCAUUGCUGAAAAGAGAGGUCGAGGUAGAGGCAGGCGAUGGAGGGGAGGCGCGCGGCGGCGCUGCUCGCGCUGGCCGCAUGCGUCGCGUGCUCACACGCAGCACCGACGGCUAGCAAUCAGACAGCACUAGAUUUAUAUGAAGCUGCGCCAGAAGGCUGUUACUAUAAUUUUCAGCACUAUGGUGAGGGUGACCGAAUAAUGACGAACGAACCUUGUCUCAACUGCACUUGCCACAAUCGAAUGCUGAUGUGUUACCUCAGGGUAUGUCCAUUCACGAAGCCUAUCGGACAAGACUGUACUGUUGAGAAACGUGCCGACCAGUGCUGUCCUAUCGUCACUUGCCCUGAUGUUCCGGUUGACUUGCUGACGUCUACCUCUACAUCUUCGCCAGCUGAGUACGGAGCUACUGGAGUAGGUCAUCAAGACAAAUAUGGUUGCAGCAUUAAUGGCAGAUAUUUCCCCGAAGGCUCGAAAGUACCACCGACACCUAAUAAACCUUGCGAACAUUGUUAUUGCAUUCGAAAUAUGACUACUUGUGUCAUGCAAGAGUGUACCUUACAUGUUGAUGGAUGUAUUCCUAUUUAUCAUAAAGAAGUUUGCUGCCCUGUCAGAUACUCAUGUGAUCACCCAGAAGAUGACAUUAAACUUUUGGAUGAUAUGACCACAACUGUACGACCAACUCCAGGAUUUUUACUGACUACGACGACGUUGUCACCAGUUACCCAAGUAUCACAGGACUGUGUGCAUGAUGAUCAAAUAUUCGCUGACGGAGCCUUAAUUAAAACUGAAAAAGCUUGCGAACAUUGUUAUUGUAUGAAAGGUGAUAUAGUGUGCGUUGUACAAGAAUGUGGAACUCCGAUGGAAAAUGAAGGCAAAAAUUGUACUUCACUUCCACCACGUCAAGGACAAUGUUGUCCAGAUACCUACAUUUGUGAAGGCGAUGAGUUGCCUACUGAACAAACACCAGAGCUUACAACUGAAGAAAUACAAAAAACAACAUCUAUAACACCUCCAAGAAAAGGCAUUGAAGGCAGCGGUUACAGAAACGAGCCCGAUGAACCUUAUACCGACUUACCAAUAUUUGAUACUGAAAUUGAAGGCAGUGGAGAAGAUCAAUCUACACUGUCUAUUGGUCAAUCUGAAACUGUAACUCCUGAAAAGCCAACACCAGACUUUGAAGAUGAAAUGUUCUUAACAACUGUCAAGCAAUUUGAGCCCGAACCUACGAGUGCAACUGAAAUCGGUAUUGAUACUAUGGUAACAAAAUCUGACACGUCGAAUGCUGAAAUAACUCAUUCACAUGAAACUGAGUAUGACAUUGUCACAGAAUCUACAAAAUUAGAUACUGAAGAAGACAGUAAAACCGUCUCCCAAGACGAGGUUACAGAAACAACACAUGUCGAUUCUGAUGAUAACAAAGUUACCGAGAAACCUUUGCUAACCACUUUGAGUGAUUUUAUUUCUUCUACUCUCGGUGAAAGUCUCAUUCCAGUAGAAGAAAAAACCGACAGGACCACUGAGUCUUCAUUUAGAAAAGAAGACGAUAUUUCGGCUGUACCUGAAGUUACUACUCAACAGACUUAUGAUGGAUUGAUAACUGAAGGUGAAUAUUAUGAACAGAAAGAACAUAAAGAAGAUGCGGUACCCACCACAGGUUCACCUGUUAUUCCUGUCGAAGAAGAGGAUAAGGAACUUCAAACUUCAGGAAUCACAACAGAAAUUGUUAUGACGGCUGACACAGAUAAGGAAAUGAAAGAGAAAGUAGAAACAUAUAGUUCUACUACUACGAUGAGAACGGAUACCCUCGAGACAACUAACCCAACAGAAAAUGAAAUUGCUGAAGAAAUAUUGCCUAUACAUUCUCCCGGAAGAAUUCCUGGGGAAGGAGACUGUCUUCUUAACGGCAUUACAUAUAAAAAUACUACAGAUGUACCUAGUACAAAUAAAUGUCACACCGGUUGUAGAUGUGUUAGUAGUAUUAUCAAAUGUGAUCCCAUCAUUUGCAGUCCACCGCCCGAAUAUGCAAACAUGAAUAACUGUGAACCAAUAUACGACUCAGCUGAAUCUUGUUGUCCUACUUAUAUUUGUGAUCACUCAAAUGAAGGUACAUUACCAGAAUCCCACAGUCAAAUGUCUGGCACAGAAAGUCCAAAACCAGUUAAGAACAAUGAAUGUAUUGGAGACGAAUGUUUAACAGAUGAAGAUAAACACACUCUAAGUCCUAUUCAAUCUGAAAAACAACCUGUGCUACCUGAAUGUGGAAAGGAAGGUUGUAUCAAUACAGUCCCUAUAGUACACGAAUAUCCAAGCCAAGUAACUGCUGUCACACCCUGUGAAGGUGAAAAUUGCAAAGAUUUUAUAACUCCGGAACCAGACACUCAUAUCUCAUCACCUGAUGAUCAAGAUGAUAACAUUGAAAAAGAAUGCCAUAACGACUCUUGCAGGCGUAAAGAAAUUCCUCAGGAUACUGUAAAACUGCCCUCUGCAUGCGUUGGUACACAAUGUGAAACGGACACUCAAACUGAUUUAAUAACAUCAGACUUGACAACCGAAAUACCAGUAAUUUCUGAAGAAGUUACCAAAACAAGCCAUGCACCAACCACGAUUUCUUCCGAAUCUCAAACAACUAGAACAGAGGAGCAAUUAACUACUUUAGUAGAAGAAUCGACUUCUAAUUAUGAUAGUACAAGUAAAAAGAUUGACGUUGAAACAGAAGAACUGACAACCGAGUCCGUUCAACACAUUGAAGAAGUAUCUGAAUCGGGUAUGACCAGAGAACGGGAGACUUAUACAACUGAAAACACUAAAGUUACAGGAUCACCCGAUGAUUCAUUUGAUGGUGACUUAGACAGCACAACCAUAGCUGAAACAGAAAAAGAACAUUUGACCACUUCUUCUCAUGACCUUAAAGUGCCGGAACCUACAAUAUCAGAAGAAGAACCUGAAUUACAACAAACUGUUUCAGACCUAAGCAAAGAUUUCACCAAGAUGCCUCAAACCUCUAGUGUAGAAGAAUCUCAUGGAAUUACUCUAUCCGAAAAAGAGGAAACACUUACAACAAUAUCUCUGGAGUCUACUAGCCCUAGUGAUCAAACGGAAAAGGCGUAUGACCAAGAUAAGUCAACAGGACAUAUUGAUGUGCACUAUGAAACAACACCUGCACUUGGUGGAGACUUGGCCACAAAAGAGAUUUAUACCACCGAAUCUAUAAUCAAUAAGGAAGAAAAAGAUCAACAAUAUCCUGAAAAAAUUCCAACAGCAGAAGAUAAGGAUUACACAACCGAAACUUCUAAGCUCAGCAAGGGUGACGAUGGUACAACUCCAGAAAUAAUAAGGGAGUAUUCCACUAGUUUGCCGCAAUCUCAAAAUGAGGAUGGUACAACUCCAGAGAUAAUAAAGGAAUAUUCCACAAGUUCGCCGCAAUCUCAAAACGAGGAUGUUACAAUUCCAGAGGUAAUAAGGGAAUAUUCCACUAGUUCGCCACAAUCUCAAAGCGACGAUGGUACAACUCCAGAGAUAAUAAAGGAAUAUUCCACCAGUUCGCCGCAAUCUCAAAACGAGGAUGUUACAACUCCAGAGAUAAUGAAAGAAUAUCCCACAAGUUCACCGCAAUCACAAAGUGCUGAAGAAAAAACUACAGAAAUUGCUAUUGAUUCAACAGAAAAAGCAAUAACUAACUUGCUUGACGAAUCCCCAGCUAUCAUCACUAAAGAUGAAAGGACUACAACAGUUUCCGAUAUCUCAGUAACUGAAGCUGGUCACGAAUUUGUUACUGAAAGUGUUAAAGACGCCGAAAAAGAUGUACAAUCUACUGAACAAAGUCCUGGACACUCUAUAGAAGAUGAAAGUACACAGGUUUAUGAUAAAACGCCAGCUGAUCAAUAUGACAUUAGCAGUGUUUCUCCUGAUUCAGAUAAAUAUGAAGAAAAAACACCUGAAAUAAUGUACACAACCGAAAAUCCUAUUUUGAGUAUCAAAGAAACCGUGAGAGAAGAAACAUCAACGGAAUUACCAGUUACUGAAAAUGUGGUUAUCAAUGAAAUAACUCAACCAUCUAAACCUGAUCUAAUGGAAUCUCUGAAUGGAAGGGCAACAGAAGGUCCUGAUGUUUAUGAACAUGAUGGUUUACAAACUAUGUCACAGGACGCAGAUUUAUUCACAACUGUGAUAACAGAAGCAGCUGUAACCAGUAGUGAUGAAAAACAGUUGGAAACAAGAACCACUGAAAAAACAACUGAUAAAUCAUUUGAACAAGAUAUGGAAACUAAGACACCAGCGCAGCAUGAAACUGAAACUGUUAAAGUAGUAACUGAGUCCGUUACAACAGAACCAGAAAGAGGAGAUGGAAUAUCAGAAGAUGAAAAUCUUGUUGAUGACAAGGAAAAGAUGUUAACUACAAAUAUAUUACACGAAAUCACAACAGUAAGAAUAGACGCUACAGAACAAACUUUCAAGGAAGAAGCUGAACAUCACAAAGAAGAAACAGUAGACGAAGUAUCUCCUACAGUAGAACAUAUUUCUAGCACCGAGACCAUUAAAGACACUACCGAGGCUAAUACUGAGACUUAUUCGGUCACUUUAACAGAAACACAUGAUGCACAAUCAGAUUCUACAGAUACAUUGUCCCUUGUCACUGAAAAGACGAUUCCAGAACAGCAUGAAAUUGAGUUGACAACUACUAGUCAUUACCCAAGUGAAAAAGAAACAAGUGAAGAUGCUGAAGGUUCAGGUGACAUAAGUAAGGAACAAGACGACCGUUAUGAACAACACAUAUCUACACCAACAAAAAUAGCACACGAAAUUGCGACUGAAAAACAAGACGUACCAUCAUCGAUUACAACAGCAUUACCUGAUACAUCUGAAAAUAUUCUACAUACAACCUUACUAGAAGAGCACAUUGCUACAGAGUCACCGUCGUCACAAGUAACAGAAAAUAUUGUACAAGAAUCUUUACCUACAAGACGUGUUGCAGAUCAUGAUACUGAAGUAACGGUUUCUUUAGAAGAAGAAGCUACAACUAAAUCAUCUGGUUUAAGUGAAACAAUCACAGAUUUAACUACAAAAGAUAAUGAAUUGCCAGAGAUAGAAGAAGAAAAGGUCACAGUUCCUUCGCAUGUUACUGAUAUCUAUGAAGAAAAUAAAACUACAAAAAUAGACCAGAUUUCAGAAGGAGAGUUUAAAGAACAGACAACCAUUACACCAGAAGCAGUUACAUCUGAACAACUUGAUACCGAUGCUAUAACACAUAAAGACUCCGAAAUAACGAUUAUCGAAGAGACAAAACCGACGGAAAUUCCAGAAAAGUUAACAUCGAAGUCAAUUGUAACUGAACUAGAAGCAGUCACUGAAAAACUUUCAACGUCCGAUCUGAUAAAGAGCACCGAAGAGCCGGAAAAAACCAUGGCCGAGGAAUACACUGAAACAAUAAAUGAAAAUGUAACUGCUAAAGAUAAAGAUGAAUCUACUGCAAUGCCUGAUGUAGUGACAUCGGGUAAAUUAGAGACAGAAAUCCCAGAAUUAACUCAAACUAUCGACGAUAUUUCAAGAACAACAGCAUCACCAGAUCUACACGUAACAGAAUACAUUCCCACGGAUAUCGAAAAGACAACAUUUAAAGCACCUGAAACAAAUAUUGAUUUAGAUGAAAAUACCGUAAAUAUUGAAGACUCUGAUAUAACUGAAGUAACUGAAUCCCCCGUCAAAGUAACUGAAACAUAUGACAUUCAUGAACAAACACCUGAAAAACUUGCAACUACACCACAAGAACCUUUACUACGCGAAACUUCCUCACCAGACAUGCAAUAUACAGAAAAAACUACAGAUAGUGCGGACAAAAUAUAUUACCCAGAACAUAUUUCAACGGAGUCAUCAACAUAUCCCUCUGAACCAACGGACGUCUCAGCCGUUCAUGAUGAUGAAAUGUCAAGUGAUAAGGCUCAAGAACAGACGAUUUUACCUGAAGUGAUUACGGAAUCAGUAAUUAUUACUACUGAAUCAACUAGUGUGGAACAAAAUGUAAAAAUUACUGAAACUACAGAUGAGAAAACAACUGCAGAACCUUUGGGUUAUACAGAGAAUGCUGAAAAAGAAAUAGUUUUUGCAUCCGAUAAGCCUUUAAUGCAGGAUCAUGAUACGGAGAAACUACCCGAAUCUAAUGUCUUUGAAGAGAAAGCAACUGAAAAGCCCUUCAUAAAUGUUGAUGAUGUCGAAAAGGAUGUAGAUAUUGUAACCGAUACGCCGAUGAUACUGGAACAUGUUACAGAAAAAGAAACGGGAUCUCAUAUCUUUGAAGAGAAAAUACCUGAAGAGCCUAUAAAGGUAGAUGAUGCUGAGAAAGAAUUAGAUUAUACAACCGAUAAGCCUUUGAUACUUGAACAUGUUACGGAGCUGCUCCCAGAAUCUCAUGUCUUGGAUAAUUCAGGAAAAACUACUCUCGCUGAACAAACAACAAUAAAACAAGCUGCCACAGAAAUGCCUGAGUUUGUUACAGACAGUACAAAAGAAAGUGAUAAUGUUGUUGACAGUCAACAAGAUAUAACAACUGUAAAACCUGAAAAAUCUACUUCAGAAACUGCAACAGUUAUUCCUGAACAUAAAGAAACGGCAACUUCUGUACCAUCGGAAGUAGAAACUUCUUCAUAUUCAGAUAAAAGCAUAGAAACUGAAUUAGGUACCACAGUAAGCCAUGAGAAAUCCCCUGAAACUGAAUCUAAGCCGCUUGAAAGUACUAUUGUAACAGAAUUGCCGGAACUACUAACGACCUCAAAAUCCGCCGAAGAUUUUGAUAAAGUCGAUGUUACAGAAGGCACAGAAUCUUCAACUUCUCAGGACGGUAAAACAUCAGGUACUACGCCUAGUGUAGACACUGUACCUACCCACAUUUCACAAGAAACAGACAGUGAAAAACCAACUACCGAUGAACCUCACAUUUUCUCAACAAUUUCUAGCGAAGAAGAAAAAUUAGAAGGCACAACUCUAAAGACAAUUCAUGAGAAGACUACAGAGACAAUAGAAUCAAGCACUGUCGAUGAAACUAGCAUAAAAACUGAAUCACAAGAAACCACAUCAGAAAGAGAAGUAGAUACUGUUAAGAUAAACAUAGAUGGAGAAGAUAAGACCAUCGCCUAUACCCCCGAACAAUACACAGAAAUACCCGAACAAAUAUUUACAGAAGUACACAAAUCUCCGAGUCAACCAUCUGAAAAUGAUAUAACCGUUACAGAACUAUCAGAUAUCAUAACCCAUUCUCCAGAAAAACAAACAACGAACAUUGAAGAUGAACAAAUGUUUACUCAUGAAAAACAUGAGCAUCUCACAACAGUCGCGGAAAGCUUGAUAACUCAACAUGUUGAAACACAAACCGUUUUACCCACUACUUUGAGUACAGAACGAACAAUGCAAGAUACUGAAAUCAACGAACACCUCACUGAAACUCAAUCCGGUGCUACUACAGCACCCGAAAUAUACAAAUAUACUACGGAAUCGGAAGAUAUUGCUACUCCAACAUUAAUCGCACAAACUGUUAACAAGGAGACCGUGCAAACAGAGCUACCUGUAACGGUUAUGACAUCGCGUGAUGAAUAUACACAAGACAUUCACCAUGAAGUUAUUAGUGAGACAAAACCAGAUUAUUAUACUACGGAGAAACUUGAAAUAGGCACAAAGUCUGAAAUUGAAGCAGCUUCGCCAGUUGCUACAGAAUCUAGUAUAUUGGAAUCUAAACCAACCAGUGAAAGCUCAACUCAAUCACAACAUACAGAAGAAACAUCUGAGCAAAUGGAUGAACAUUCAGAAUCUACACCAUACCUAGUGGAAUUAGAGGAACAUACGCAUAAAGGCAUAGAAGAAACAGCACCUGAAGUUUAUCACGAAGAUACAACUUCAACAAUAAAACCUGAAAUCCUGUAUCCUGGUAAACUUCAUGACGAAUUGACAACGGAAAAACAAGAAACGGAAGAAAUGCCGGAAAUAACCACAGAAGAACAAAUUAUCGAUGAAUCAAUAAAAAUAACCACCGAAAAACAAGAAUAUGAAGAAUCAACGAAAAAGGAAACUGUAGAAACUUCAACAUCUGCUGUUUCUCAGAUUGAUUUAGGAACAUCUGAAAUAAUACAUGAAAUAUCUACGGAACUCCCAACUCAUGAUGACAAACUUACAACCUUAUCUUCGACGCCUACUGAAAACGAGGCCGACGUUUCAAAACUCAUUACCGUAUCCCAUGAUAAGGAUAUAACAACAUCUAUUCCAGUGGUGAUUACAACAGGUUAUGAAGAAACAGAAACGCCUAAACAAGAGGACCAUGAAACAACCAUAGAAAAGGAAAAGGAGAGUGUUCCCGUUAAACCAACUGAUGCGAUACCGUCCUUACAGGAGACAACGGCACCUGAGGAAGAAUUUAUCCCUGCAGUAACACAAGGUACAACUAGUAAAACUAUAGAAGAUAUAACGACUCUUUCACCCACUCAAAGUCAUAAAUUUAAUCAACCGGAAGAAAAGCCAAUUGAAUCCUUACCGUCAACGUCUGCUCCAGAAUUGCAGAAGCCUGGACUUACUGAUAUGUUACCAACAGAUGAAAUAUCUCCAACAGAUGAAGAUAGUCAUUUCCCACCAACCGGAAGCAGUGGAUAUGGACAAGAGCCAGAUUACGGAGAAGAAGAUCAAGCAUUUGGACCUGGCACAUGCCGAUAUGGAGGCAAAGUAUACGUUUCUGCCCAACAAAUACCCAGAGACGAUCCUUGUGAUUUCUGUUUCUGCUUUAGAAGCGAUAUUAUUUGCUUGCAACAAAGCUGUCCACCUCCUAUCCACGGUUGCCACGAGGAACCCAUUCAAGGGUUCUGUUGCCCGCGCUACGAGUGUCCAGUUUCAAUGGCAACUACUCUUAAUAUCACCACGACAACGACGACAACAACAACAACAUUGCCGCCUCACUUCCUGCCCCACGCUUACAAAGGUGCUGCGCAAAGACGGGGAUGUCAAAUAAAGGGACAUACAUAUAAAGUGGGAGAAGUGGUACGCGCAUCUUCAGGACCAUGUUUACAUUGCACAUGCGGCGGAGACGGUCAGAUGAAAUGCGAUCCGAAGGCGUGCACCCCGGAGCCGAUGCUGCGACAGAUGAUCGCGGCUGCCGUGUCGGCUAAGCGCCGGAGGUGAAAUGUCCCCGCCCCCUAUUCGAUGAUCGUCACAUCACCGGCUCAACAGCCUAUGUGAUCAUUUACGUCUAUUCUCCUAUGCACAAGAAUAAUGCUCAAAUUUCGCGACGGAGUAGAUUAAGAUUUCGUGUCAUAUGUAGUAAUUGAUUUAAUUAUUAUUAUUUAAUUUACUUUUCAUAAAGCGUGGCACGUUCGACUCGAUAUCGAUGAAUUGCGAAUCAACCGUGACUGUGAUUACUAUUCAUUAAAAUGUUUUGGUAAUUCUUACCAUUUAUUUUUACAUUUUUCUGAUUAAAAAAACAAUUGUAAUAAUUAGUUGAGAGUAUUGAAAAAGUCAGUGCCAAACGGUAGUGCUAGAUUGUAAACACCUUUAUGAUAAAUAGAUUCUAAAUUUAAUGAAUUUAACAUUUAUAUAAAUAUAGUGACCGAUAGAUUAAAACGACGCUGUAGUAGCAAUAGAUAUCAAACUGUAUCGGUCACUGCAGAUCGCCGAAAUCUUGACCAUUUACAAACUUAAAUUUUACCCAUAUAAGUUUAGUCAAUUCUUUGUGUCGACACGAUGUUACAACUGCAAGAGGUCUAGUAUCGUGUAAAUGCAAAGUUCUAUAAGAAUCCCUGAUAUUGUAAAUGCCUUACUUAAUUUGUAAUAAUUUAUAUAUUUUAGGUGUAUAGUACUUAAGCCAUGUUUUGAGACCAGUGACUAUUUUAAUUUAGAAAUAAAACGGAGGCCCUCUAAUGUACCCAGAAAAGUGCCAGUCGACGCGCGCCCCUGUCGGCCUUGGCCGGUGCUUUUCCUACUUCGCAUCUUACAGAAAGCGACACAUAUUUGUCUUGUUUUCUGUAACUCGUUGAAGUGUAAAAUUUGUACUAGCACUCAUUUAGUAAAAGUGGCCAUCAUUUUUAUUCGUUUUGUAAAAAAAUACACGUCUAAAACGAUAAAAAAGUAAAUUGUAGUAUAUUUUAUAACUUUUGAUAAUAAAGUGCUGGUAGAUUUUAUAAAAUAUGAAAGCCAAACAGAUCGAGAUGGGUACGGAAGUCACAGGCUGUUGUAAUCGUUAUAAUAGUAGAUGUAAGCGAGCGGUUACAUUAAUUCGUACCUAUCUCUUUGUGUGUUCUCAGGUUUUAGUUAUAUUUUGUCUUAUUUAUUUAAAUUUAUAGCAAUAGCGUUAAUUAUUAUUGGUACUUUCAUACUGGUAAUGAUUUCUACUAUUCAGAAAAGUUGACCGCAUUGUAUAGAGUUCAACAUUUACCUAAUUCUUAUUUUAUAAUUUUGUCAUCUCUUGCAUGCACCGGCUGCACUAGCUGCUCCGGCUGCACUAGCUGCUCCGGCUGCACUAGCUGCUCCGGCUGCACUAGCUGCUCCGGUUGCACUAGCUGCUCCGGUUGCACUAGCUGCUCCGGCUGCACCGGACACGCGUAGCUAAG